AUGUUUUCUCAAAAUAUACCAUUAACAGGAAAAAAUAUUCUGAGAUAUUUAAAAACCAAUUUUACAAAUUGGACUAGUGGAAAUAAAAAAAUUGAUGAUUUUAUUCAAAAAGGGCAAUUAGAAAUCAAAAACUAUUAUGAUGAUAUAGUGCUUGAAUGGAUACCAUACAAUCAGUUUAAUGAAAUUAAAGAAACAGGCAAAAAUAGCCUUAUAACAUUAUAUUCAGCAAAAUGGAAAGAUGGUCCAUUAUAUAAAAAGUAUAAUUGGAGUGGAAAUUUUACAAGAGAUUCAAAUAAAAAAGUUGCUUUAAAAUGCUUACACAAUUCACAAAAAUCCUUUGAUUCUUUAAUAAAUGAGAUUAAAAAAUAUCCAACAAAAUAUCAAGCAUUUCAAGUAUUGUAUGGGAUAUCUCAAAAUCCGGAUACAGGAGAUUAUAUUUUGGUUCAAAAUAGUUCUAUAAACUUGGAAAAUCAGAUUAGUGAAAAUAGUGGAAAUGAAAAAAUUGAUAAUUUUACUCAAGAAAGACAAUUAGAAAUUAGUAACUAUGAUGAUGUAAUACUUGAAUGGAUACCAUACAAUAAGUUUAAUGAAAUUAAAGAGACAGGAAAAAAUGAUCUUAUAACAGUAUAUUCAGCAAUAUGGAAGGAUGGUCCAUUACACAAAAAAAAUAAAUGGGAUGAUUAUACAAGAGAUUCAAAUAAAGAAGUUGCUUUAAAAUGUUUACAAAAAUCGCAAGAAUCCAUUGACUCUUUAAUAAAUGAGAUUAUAAAAUAUCCAACAAAAUAUCAAGCAUUUCAAGUAUUGUAUGGGAUAUCUCAAAAUCCAGUUACAGGAGAUUAUAUUUUGGUUCUUAUGUGGACAAGUGGAAAUGAAAAAAUUGAUGACAAAUGUUGCCACGUGGCACAAAACAAUCAAUAA